UACAAUAUCAAAAUUCCCAACCACUGUUGGUUAAAUUUCCAAGCCAUAAUUAGGAAGACGACUCGUCGGGUAUCGAGUAUCGAUCGAUUAUUCCUCUAGACGAACAGGGUUGCAGGAGGUCAAGCAACGAGAGCAAAACCCCUUCGAAAAUGGUGUGCUUAGCCUGCCUUUUGCCGCUGUUCCUUAUCCCGGUGGUGAACGCCUUGCCUUUGCUUGUCAAUUUUAUCCUGGCUAAGGUGUACAGACUCUUCGGAUGGGAAUACAAAACGCCAGAGAGGGUCCCUCCAGCUUGUCCAUACAAGCCUGCUGGCAACAAAAGUGCCCAACAUGUAGGAGACCCACAGAUAGAGUCAGAGCAGAGUAAGUCCCUUCAGGAUGACGCUAAACAAGACUAGUGAUCUUUCAUUGGGAGCUUCUACCAUUUUAUUCUGUAAGGCAUGUGAAUCUAUAUCCCGUUAACUGUUUUAAGUAACUUGGUGUUUGUUGCACACAAGCAUGUGGAGGAGGCUCUGAAAUUCAUGGAAUAAAUAAAGACUAAGAGAACUUGAUCCUAUGAUGAAACGGGAUUGAAAAUUUGAGGUACACUGGCAAUAGUAAUCAGAAAAAUAUCAUAUAUCAUAACAAUAAUUUCGAUAGCA